CAGAACCAGUAUCAGAACCAGUAUCAGAACCAGUAUCACAGCCAACAUCAAAGCCAACCCCAGAACCAGUACCAGAACCAGCCUCAGAACCAGCGCCGCCCAACCUCCAGCAGACGGGCGGCGCAGCCCAAUCCAUUGCACUCACAGGCGCGGUCCGCAGCAGCAGAGGUGUUCGGGCGCAUGCGCACGCUGGUGGACAAUGUCAGCGUGGCAUUCGACGGACCGGCGCCGACAGCCAAGGACCGACUAGUCGAGAACUGGACACGGAUCCAGGAGUACUACACGCGGCAGGCGGACCUACGGCGGCUGCAGAUCGGCGACACGACGAUCCCGCACCACCUCGAGUGCAUGCUCAAGAUCCUGGCCUACGAGAUGCUCGAGAACGAGCAGGGCGCAGCAGCAGCAGCACUCGACCAGGAUGGCACUUAUGGGGCAGACCGACUGGCGCAGCCGCUGGAGUUUGGCGCCUGCGUCGAGUUUCUGCUGCAGUUCCACGUGCUCAGCGACCUGGUGGACCUGGCGGACGCCGACCUGCCGCGCGGCAUGCGCAAGUACGUGUUGCGGUUCUUCGACAUCUUUAUUGACGGUAUUCCGCUCGGCCUGCUGCCUGAGAGCGCCAUCCGGUUGCCGCUGGUGGCCAUCAUGCGCCAGUGCCUGCACGUGGUGCAGACUAGCCCGACGACGCCGAUCAACUCGAUGCGGCGACAGGAGCCAAUGGCCGAGGCGCUACAGGACGCCAUGCGGCAGAGCCAAGGCAGCAGCAGCGCUGCCUCGGCCAAGGCGUUCCGGCUGGGCCAGGGCUACCACAGCAUCCAGAAUGACCGCGCAGCCGUGGUGCUGUGCCAUGACCUGCUGCAACUGAUUGUCACGCUGUUCAAGCGGCUGCGCGAGCACUCCAGCAUGGUGUACCUGUUCUUCGACUGGGACAGCGGCGAGUGGCGCCAGGCCGGAGGACAGGCCCAAAUGCAGGCGCAGGCGCAGCAGGGCCAGUCUCAUGCUCAAAUACAGCCGCAGCGCGGUGACCUGGCCGUGUCGACCCUGCGCUCGGCGACAUCCGGGUACAUGGAGCAGUCGGCGCGCGGCCAUGAGCUGUUCAUUGUGCACAUUAUUGUCGAGUACCUGCUGGCGCCUGGGCUUACGGGCCAGCUGGCGCGCGAGGCGCUGGUGCUGGUGGUACAGGUGCUGCUGGCGCCACAGGACAAGGCACCGUACGUCAGCUUCCUUUUGGACCAAGCGCGCAUCGUCGAGCUGCUGGUUGAACACAUGGGCUACCUGCACUCGCAAAUGCCGGUCUUCCGACCGAUGCCGCGGUCACCCAAAGCCACGCUCUUCGGCCCAGCCUACUCUGGCGCACGUUGCCAGCCGCCGCUGCAGCGGCGCAUGCACCAGGCCCAGCAACCACCCCAGCAGCGCUUCGAUAUUCGGCCACGGCUGCACCGGCUGCUGGGUGAGGGCAGUGUUCUGCGAUCGGUUGCACAACAGGACCAGCGCGAGGCCGCCAUUCUCGUUUCUGCGCGGCUGAUCCUCGAACACGUCGACGCAUUCUUUCUCUGUUGGGAGCUGCUCGACGAAGUUGCCAUGGUGGCGUGCACCGACGAACGUCUGACUGCCGCCGUACAGAGCCAGCUGAUGAACGGCUUUCUGCGCACACAUAUUGAGCCUGCGCUGCUGAUGGCCAAUAUGUCUGCGGCCAAGAGCCAGGCCAUCACCACUGUGUCCUACCUGCAUGACAUUGUCAAUGUCACGCACAGCAACUGUGUGCUGGAGGCACUGCUUAUGGUGCUGCUAGGCAGCGAUCUCGGGCCUGAGCAGCCGCCGUGGCUGGUGAGUGCAGCGGAGCAGAACCAGGGCCAAGGCCAGGGAUCGGAGCAGAACCAGAGUCAGGGCCAGAGCCAGAACCAGCUGGAUGACGCCUGGGCGGAGCUCUCGCUCGAGGAUCGCGAGCUGCUGCAGUCAAUCGAGGACGACGCCAUGCGCGCCGAAGCCGCAGCGCUUCUGCUACCGCCAGGUUUUGAUCUGUCGCGGCUGCAGAUGGCGCCACCGCAGCAGCAGCAGGGCUCUGGCGCGCAACGGGCUGAACACUCGACCGGCGCGCCAGUCGGACUGCGCGCGACGCUGAUCGCCUGGAUGACACUUGAGGACGACACGCACCUGCCGCUUAACACGCUGCGGCUGUUUGACACUAUUCUGGCGACCAUGAGCCAGUUUGCCUACACCAGCCUUGUACUGCGAAACUUUAUCGACCGCCCAGUGGUCUCCGCUGCUGCUGCUGCCACUGACGCUGGCGGUGCUGCUCGGCUUGAGGAGCCCGGGUUCGUCUCAGGUCCGGCGCUCGGGCGCGGCGCGUCGGUGGCGGCCGACCAGGAGCUGGUGCGCGCCGUCGUCGAGCGGUUCCUGGACGCCACGCCCAGUAGCAUCUCGGCCGCACUGCCUGAGAUUGUCGUCGGCGCCGCGCUGCGCCUGGACGGUGGGCCGGAAGCCGCCGCACCCUCGCACCUGCACUCGCAGCACCAGCUUGAGGCGCCGCGCAACUUCCAAAACAUGCGGUCGACCAUCAUGAUGCGCGAGUCGCAGGGCUGCGACGACUACGUCGCCGACUGUCUGCAGCGCCUGCGCCUCGCCCACCAGUGCACUAGGCUCACGUGGGUGUCCAAGGACACGUUUGUGCGCGCGCACACGCCGGCCCAGCAGCAGCAACCAUUGCAGCCACAUCACCAGCCAUUACAGCCGCAGCCAGGCGUGUCUGCGGAAAAGGCUGCCGAUGACGCGCUGGCUGGCUUCUACCCCGGUGCGUUCCUGGCAUCGCUGAUCGGCCAGCUGGAAUCGGUGGUGCGGCGUCAUAUGGCAUACAACUUGACUGUCACCUCGAUGUUCAACCGCCUGACGUGCCUGGCCGACCCAGCGCUUUCUGCCUUUCUCUUCUUGGCCAACUCUGCCACCGUCCCUGCCAGCCCUGCCAGCAGCAGCUCGGCCUCUGCCAUAUCGAUGCUCUACGACACGUAUGUCGGCGCGUCAGCUGAGGCCUACGUCAAGUCCGAGCAUGUGCCGAGGUUUCCCGCGCGCCUGGCACGCCAGCACCGUGAGGGCGUCGAGACUGCUGUGCGCGUUGCUGCGGACCACUCGGCAGCGGCAGUGAAGCCGGAGGAUACGCAGGUGUCUUCUGCCUCUGCUGCUGUUAUUAAGCCGCGCGUCUCGGCGACUCUGCCAGACACCCGUGUGUCCGAGACCCGGUCAUACGCCAAGGCCGCUGCCAUCGUGCAGCCCCCACCCUCGCUGGCGCCAUUACAUGGUGCGGUGGUGGUCCAAGAUGCUUCUAUGGACGUGGACUCACCCGAGGCACCCCGGGGCAAGAAUAAGGAGGAAGUGCGCCGUGCUGUUGGGUUUCUUGGAACCCCGAUUAAGCGCUUUGUCCACGGAUACAUUGUCCUGGAUGAAUUCGGCAAGGAGAUGGCAGCGAUGGCGCUGGCGCUGCAUACGCUGGAGUUGGAGCGGUCGAUGGACAAGGUUGCUCUGAGUGCCACGGCAGGCGCUGCUGCUGUGGCAGCGGGUGGUAGAAUGGGAGAAGUCGAUGAUUAUGCUGAUUGGCUCGAGUACUUUGACCCUGAGGAGCCUGCUUACCUACAGGCGUUGGCUAUUAAGGAGUCACUGAAACAGGGGAUUAUUGAGCUUGGCGGUAAUGACAAUAACCCUGCUGCCCGUGCCGAUAUUGACAGUAGUGGCGCUGCUAUCGCUUCUGCUUCUGCUGCUGCUGCUGGAAAGGGUAGGCGGAGAAGAAAAUCUUCGGCAUCGUCUGCUGCUACAAACACGGGUGGUAACGCUGAGGUUGUGGGGAGUAACUCCACUGAUGCGGUUGCUGCUGCUGGUUUGGCUCUCUUGAAAUCCAAGAAAUCCUCAAGCCGUCGCCGGUCGAGUCAGUCUGCUCGAAACGGAAACGCUUAAACUUACAAAAUGCAAAUUUAUACAAUUUUUUUUGUAGGUGUUAAUAUUUGACAUUUUAUUAAUCAACAAACAUUAACUAUUAAUUAAACA